AUGCCGCCUUGGCAGCACAAGAUGUUGGAAUGCGUGGUCAAGGCUGCCGACGCACAGAGUCAGAGCUCAGGUACCAGCUACAACGGCUGUCCAAAAACUUGUCCAAAGAGUUGCAGCGUGCGCGUAACCCGGCUGCAAUCCCUGCAGAGAUUCUUCAAGCGAACGUUUCUGCUGCUUAUCUCCCUUCAGCGCGAGGCAGUGGAAGUUUUGGAUCCAGUACAGACCUGGCUGGCAUGGCUGGGCUGGCACCACAAUCCGGAUCUGAAGAAAACUUGCAGAGACUGCGGGAGGCCGCCCUGGCCGUUGCUACUACAGCCUGCUUUGUGGUUUGCUGGAGGAUCUUGCGGUUUUAAACAGGCCUCAAAAGCGAAGUCCAAGAACCGGCUUCGUCCUCGGCCAGAAAGGAGCGUCCUUCACUCUUCCGUCCUCCCUGCUGUUCUAUGUCGUGUCCAGGUCGAAGAAGAAAAAAACUCCGUUGGAGCAGAUUCUCAACAUCAUUGGCUGGCCGGCCACUGCGCCAAACAAGUGAGCUGCAAAUGUACAAAUUUUUCAGUUCCGUCGAGUACCCUCUUUUGGGCUGCGUGUCGUGAAUGCUUCCGAGGCUCGCUACUUGUUUCGAGAGAUGUGGCUGUGGACUGA